AAGCGUAGUUUCAGCAAAUCAUCAUGUUGACUGUCCAUCUGAGCUGUGCAACUCCGGGUUUGCUUCUGACUGGCCACUUUUAAUUCUGUUGCUAAGUUACAGUGACGCCUAACACGAGGAUAUUACUGACAAGUCCGUUUUUCUUAAUCACACACGUCGAUGAAGCAUGGCGUGCGCAGUUUUAUUGGAUAAUAACGCCAAACCGAAGUCUAUGAGCAGAGCAAAGCAGUGGACGGGUGAGGUGGAGAACCUGUACAGAUUUCAGCAGGCAGGAUACAGAGAUGAGCUCGAGUACAGACAGAUCAAACAGGCUGAGAUUGACCGCUGGCCAGACACCGGCUUUGUGAAGAAGCUUCAGCGUCGAGACAACACUUUCUACUACUACAACAGAAAGCGGGAGUGUGAAGACAGAGAAGUGCAUAAAGUAAAGGUGUAUGCAUACUGAUCCAACCUCCAGUCCUGCACUUGUCAUUUUUAGACAUGCUGUCUUUGCAAAACACAUGAUGAUUUGCUGUAUACUUAAUGCAAUGGUAUUU